GCACUACAUUUUUUUAUCGAUCGACUAAUUUGAUUGAUUGAUUUGUUUGACUGAAUAACUCGCCUGUCAGUUGUGUGCUUUAACUUUUGGGAAAAUGGAUUACAUAUUAGGAUACAGAAUAAAUUAUUAGACGAGUUAUAAAAUUAUGAGUGUAAAUUUAUCAAUACAUAAUAUGUUCACAUAAAUUCAUAAUCCAUACAAGUAAAUUUCAUUUACAUAAAAUGCAUGAGUUAUAAUAUGGACGUAUAAAUAAAAAAUUUUUUAGUCAUUGUCUGCUCAAACUUGCUCGCUUUUCGAUUUGUUUAAGAAAGUUUAAAAGUAUAUAUUAAAAUGAACAUGGAUUCACCGUAUGAAAAUUGGGACCCAGCACUCACACGUUUGUUGACAUCUUUGAAAGAGGUACAAUCAGGUAGUGAAGAUGUGGCUUUUCUUAGUGAACUGCUGCAGUCUAAGCAGUUGCAUGCCUUGGUACAUGUUCACAACAAAAUUGUGGCUAAAGGCAAGGAUGACAAAUUUUAUCCUCUACUCUCAAAUGCUAUGCAGGUUACACUUGAGGUUUUUGAAGUACUUGGUGAUAAAACUAAAAUUUCAAAAGAGUAUGAAGAGUUACUAAGUUUAUUGCAGAAGCCACAUUUUCAGGCAAUUUUGUGUACGCAUGAUGCAGUUGCUCAGAAAGACUAUUACCCCCAUCUACCUGAUAUUCCACCUGAUACUGAUGAUGAAGAAGAAACUGUAAAGAUUGUACAAUUAGUCAAAAGUGAUGAACCAUUGGGUGGAGCACAGAGUGCAGAACCAAUUGUGGGCGCAACAAUCAAGACUGACGAAGAAACCGGGAAGAUAGUUAUCGCUCGAGUGAUGCACGGAGGUGCCGCUGAUAGAUCGGGACUCAUCCACGCCGGCGACGAGGUCAUCGAAGUUAACGGAAUCAGUGUGGAAAACAAAACUCCGGCCGAUGUCUUGUCUAUAUUACAAAACUCCGAAGGCACGAUCACGUUUAAAUUAGUACCGUCAUUCGGUAAAGGCGGUACGCGGGAAAGCAAAGUCAGAGUCCGAGCGUUAUUUGAUUACAAUUCGUCCGAAGAUCCUUAUAUACCCUGUAAGGAAGCGGGACUCGAUUUUAAGAAGGGUGACAUCCUCCACAUCGUUUCACAGGACGACGCCUACUGGUGGCAAGCGAGACGCGAAGGCGAUAGAGUUAUGAGGGCGGGGCUUAUACCGUCCAGGGCUCUGCAAGAAGGUCGCAUCAUUCACGAGAGACAGACCGAUCCCCAGACUAUGGAUGGUAAGCCCGCCCUUUGUAGUCCGUCUGCGUCCAGUUCUGACUGUGCCCCGAAAACGCCAUGUUCACCGACGCCGACGGCCACAGCGCUCCUGCCCUGCAAGUCGAUUCCGAAAGUCAAGAAGAUCAUAUACGACAUAACGGAGAACGACGAUUUCGAUAGAGAAUUGAUACCGACGUACGAGGAGGUCGCCCGGCUGUACCCGAGGCCGGGUCUGGUACGCCCGAUCGUGUUGAUCGGAGCGCCCGGCGUCGGCAGAAACGAACUGAGACGGAGGCUCGUCGCUACGGACCCGGAGAAGUACAUCACUCCGAUACCGUAUACGUCGCGUCCUAUAAAAUCAAGCGAACAGAAUGGUAAAGAUUACGUGUUCGUAACUCGGGAAAAAAUGGAACAGGAUAUAACCGAUGGGAAAUUCAUAGAGCAUGGUGAAUACAAGGGCAAUCUUUAUGGGACCGCUGCCGAAAGCGUCGAGACUAUUAUUAAUACUGGUCGUGUGUGUGUGUUGAGUCCGCAUUGGCAGGCCCUAAAGAUGCUUCGAACUCCGCGCCUGCGUCCCUACAUCGUGUUCAUUAAGCCUCCGUCCUUGGAGAGGAUGGUCGAAACGCGGACUGCGGCAAACGCGCGUUCCACAUUCGAUAAGGAAUCAUCCAGAGCAUUCACGGAAGAAGAGUUCACAGAUAUAAUACGUUCGUCCAAUCGUAUUAAUUUCUUAUACGGAUACAUGUUCGAUGAAGAGGUGGUGAAUGAAGAUCUGGCCAGUGCGGUGUCUCAACUACUCAAGGCCGCUUGGAGAGUUCAGUCUGAACCGCUGUGGGUACCUGCUUCAUGGGUCCAGUAAAGAAAAAUCACGCAAUAAUCAAUUAUAUACAAUGUUUUAUCGCUGUUGUCUUAUACAGUGGUUACACAAUGACAAUUAUACAUCAAAUAAUAUGUCUAAAGAUCGUGCUGUGAAAAGAAAAUUUAUUAAUAUACCUAACAAAAAAACAAACAAAAAAAUUAACAAUGGUAAUUGUUUUAACGGAUGCAAUAAUUAUUUUUGUGAUUGUGUGCAAGCUUUCUUCCUUGUGCUGGCAAACAAAGACUGUAAAUUAAAUCAAGUGCACCCAUCGAACAUAAUAAUAGUAAUAUUUUUAUUAGAUACCGGUAGCUCGUAUGAUCUGUAGAAAAAUAAUAAAAGUUACAUUAUAAAUCACAAAUAGGCAAUAGAGAAAAGUAGUUUUCUUAGAGGAUGGGGGCAUUUUGAGAUAAAUGAAUUAAAAGACUUCAUGAUAUUGACAGUCGAAGGAUUAAGAAGCACGUUUAUUCAUUCACACAUUGAAACGCUUAUUUUCUUAUAUAAGUAGAUAAUAAUUUUUUUAAGUAAUGUUUAGUACAAUUUUUUUGCACACGAUGCUAGUGUUCAUAGCGAUUAAUUAUUCAAAUUUAGUUUCGUAGUUUUAGAAUAUACACGUUGUGUACCUUGAUCUCAAUUCCAAAGGGAAAUAGAAGAAAAAAAAAACGAAAAAAAUAAAAACGACAUGCUUACAAUAAAAAGCAUUGCUUUAAGUUUAAGGCUAAAAAUACCUAAGAUAAUUUAAAGAAUGGCUUUUUUUUUAUUGGAAAUAAUUUCAAGUAUUUUUUUGAGAAACGGUGUUCAAUUAAAUUUAAUCGUAUGCACAAAAGUAUACAAAAAAUUUCGUUCGACUUUUAAUAUUAGUAUAAAUAAUCGUCGAAUAAAAAUUGUAUAUUCCUUUAAAAACCUUAGAAAUAAUACGCCGUACAGUUUCUAAAAUAAUAUAUUUAAUUAUUAUUAUUAUUCCUAAACGUUAAGUUUUGAAAGAAAUUAAUUAGUAAAAAAAAACAAUAGUUGAAAUACUAAAAAUAUAAAAUGUUACUCCCAGUUCAUGUACUUUUGAUAAUUAUUAACUACAUUUUCCAGAAACCUGGCACUAUUUAUUGAUAAAUUGCAAUUUUUUUAAAUAAAUAUCUUAUCUUAAAUCUUAAUUAAUAUAGAAAAUCGAAACAACAGAAUCUUGUAAAAUAAAUGAAUUGACUAUUGUUUCAUAUCAAAUCAAAUCUCCAUAUUAAUUUUUAUUUUCCAAACAGUUAAACGUUCUAUCAUAGUUCAUUUGAAUGUUUUUUAAUAGCAUUCACAUACUUAGGUGAUACAAUUUACUACUUAUGAUUCCAAAUUACUAAAAAAAAAAAAACAUUAGAGUUUAUAACAAUGUUACUAGAUAAAAUAUAUAUUUGUAGUUUGUAUCGAAAUCCAUAGUUUGUCUAUUGAUUUGUUGAGACUUUGAAUCGUGAUUCUAUUGAAACGACAUCUAUACAAAAAAAAUAUUGUUAAAUGACGCUUGUCAUAAAAUAAUUAAAUACCAAAUCUAUAUGUACAUUCGAAUAAAUAUUCUUAUUGUAUUGACCAAUUUUUAUGGCUGAUGUACAACAAAGCGGCGAUGCGACGAGAUAAAAAAAGAAUUAAAAAAAAAGUUGACCACAAAAUAGCACAUAUUUCUCGAAUUUCACUUUAAAAAAAAAUGUAAUGGCCUCUUUUCUCAUAUCUAAUAGAAGAUUAACAGUACAUAUAUCUCCGCUUUUAUGGAUAUCAGCUUUUAGUAAAAAAUUUACGUAGUUAAUAAUAAACAUACUUAUGAUUCAAGUUUUAAAAUCUCUAACUACUAAAGCCGUGUCUACAAUGAUAGAAUAGAUUUCUAAUACGUUGGCUAAUCGAUUAGUACGCAUUAAAUUGAAAAAUAGAUAAUUUAAAAAAGAAAUAAUGAAACGUUAUAUAAGAAAACAGGAUUUUGUAAUAAUUUAGUUGAAAUUAUUGUCGCUUUGACUAUAUUUUUUAUUAUACGGCUGUUAAAUACGACAUAAUUUACGCUAAUGUUACAGAUGGUUAAUAAUUUUUGUGCCUCGUAAUCUAAGAAAAGUUACGUCUUUUAUUGAAAUCGCUUAGUUUAGAUAUUUCCAAUAAUUAAUGAGUAAUUUAGUAUCGAUAUCGGAAUUAUAAACGUAACGUACAUUGUAAUUUUAAUUUAAAAUGUCUUAAUAAUCUUUACUAGCGUUAUUCUCGUCGUUGAUGCUUUGAAUAGCGAAUUCUUUAAAAAUGUAAGCAAUACGAAUCAGUGAAUGAAGUAAUAAUUUUUAAAGUAUAAGACAAUAAUAAAUACGGGCACUUUUAAUUGGACAGAUCUAAUAGUACAAGUAACGAUACGACUGUAAAUGUUUAUGUAAUUAAAUAGAAACAUGUUACAAGGUAAAUUACUCUGCGCAUUGCCUCGUGAAUGUUCACUGCGAACUUACAAUAUCUCUUGUGACGCGUCGCAUAAUCCUUAAGUAUUUUAAUAGAUCUCGUAACCAGAAUAAUAACGUUGGAUCUAUAUUUACAAUAAAUACUUUGAUAUUAUAAUUACGAGAAACCGUAAAAUUCACGGAUAUUUAUUAGUUGUUUAGUUGCGCUCUAGCUUGCAGUAGAGAGGGAGAUAUUGAAGGUAAUAAAAUCUUCUUACAUUAAAAUUGUCGAAAUCAAUAAAUUGGGUUUUGGGUAUUUGUAAGUAUAACGUACUUUAUAUGGUUUCCCUUUGAGAACUUAGUGACACAAAUGAAAAUAGCAAGAAACGAUUUUUACGUAGAUAGAAAGUAUUAUAGAACAUAAUAUAAUUAUGUAUUCAAAUUGAGGUUGUACUCGAAAAAGCUAAGCCAUAUAUUUUGGAAUGUAGUUGUUGAAAUGACUACCUCAAAUUAAACAUCUAAAUAUGUGUUCCUUUAGAUUAUCGUUAUUACUAUAGUUAGCUGAAUAGUAAUGCGCUAGCUGCCCUAGUAAACUUGUUUUGUAACAUGGCAAAUGCAUAGUUUAGUUUAAAAAGCUAGAUUGCCACUUCUAGCUUAUAAAACAUGAUUAGAAUUCAUAAUGAAAAAUGUUCAAAACACAUCAAUUAAUAUUUAAUGUUUUUUUUUUGUCAUUAAUGAUUGUUGUAUACUUAUUGUAUAUUAGAAUUCGUUUUCUAUUCUUAAUUCUCGAUUCUUAUUCAAGUCUGAUUGUAAACAAUGAACGUUUUGUCUUUUUGUAAAUAUAAUAGAAAAAAAUACCUUAGAUGUUUCAAUAUGAAAUAUAGCUGAUUAUAUAUUAUUUGUUCAUGCUUAUGAAGCAUAGUUGUAGUGAAGAUAAAUAAUUAUUUGCUGUUGAUUAAAUUAAUUUUAGAAAAUAAUUAAUCUCUUCAAGGCUCUCUAAUUCUUUAUUCUUUGAAUACAACAUUAAGCUGUACGUUCAAACUUUUAAAUUUAGCUGUACUUUAUAAUUUAUAAACUUCAACUUUGGUACUUUCUAUUUCGAGAAGUUAAACUUCUUUGGGCGCGUCUGUAGCCUUACAGCAUCAAGUAAUUAUCUUUCUCUGUAUAUCGACGAAGAAGUUUCGCUUCUAUUGCGUGUACUAUGUUGCACGUUUUGUUUUUGUUUCAUAUAUCCAAACAUAUUAUGGUUUACAUAAAAAUAUAGAAUUAAAAAUCUUCAAAUUAUUGAGUAAAUAAAAAUUUAUAUUCUACGACCGUUCGAUAAGUUUAUAGGCCUAAUACAACAAAAUAUUAAUAGCAGUAAAACGUAAAGUGAAAGAGACAAUGUUUAGGUACUUAAUGUAGUUGUUAUGAAAUUCGUAUUUUAUGGAACACACCUGUACGUUAUGAUUGCUGUUAUCAUUUAUCGUAUCGUCACAGAUGUUAUCGCAGGGCUUUCGUUUCUGGGGCAUUCAAUGUUCUAAGCACACAGUUGGUGUAAAUCAGCGGUCGGGGAACUUUUUUAAUUAUUACCCUUAAAUAUUUUUCUGUAAGUUGAUAUUACCCCAUGGUGAAGAACAAAAAAAAACGAAAUCGCUUGUUUUUAGUAUAUUUCAUAUUAUAGCCCCCAUGAUAAUUUUGAAAAGAAAAUUUAACGAUUCUAAAGAAGUUUAACUUCUAUAUAUUUUUUUUACUCACAAAAGUUUCAUUUUUACCCCCCAAAAUUUCAUUUUACCCCAUUUGGGGUAAUUUACCUCGGUUCCCCGACCGCUGGUGUAAAUGGACUUCUACAUGAAACGAUUAAAAAAAUAAAACCGACUAAACCUAUAUCAAUGGAAGAGACAGGCAAAAUGUUUUUAAAUGGCCAGUUAUUAAAAUUAUGUUAUUUGAAAAAUCGUUUAAAUUACUAAUUCAAAAACAUUACUGCGCGUUGUUUUAUUGCACAGUUAAUAUCGUUUUAAAACCACGAACGCCCCGAAACCAAAAUAAUUUCUACUCUAAACUAUGUAUGAUAACGUUGCAUACAGUGGAAAAUAUCUUAUUAUCAUUGCCAAAGCGUUAUAUUUUCGUUUUGAUUAUUAUAAAUGUCAUUUUCACAAAUAUAGAGAGAAUGCUCUUAGAUCUUUUUUCUAUUUAAUUGAUGCCCAAUCACGAUCAAGCGCUGCGAAAUCAAUAAAAAUACAAUAAGGUAUAUGAUUUUGUUUGUUGAUUUGAACACUAAACUUCGUAUAUAAAAAGUUUUUAAUCUAUGAAAUUAGCUAUAAGAAAUAUAGUCAGUUAAAAUAAAAUGUUAUAAUAGAAUAUAGGUACAAAAACAGUUUGGAAUUUUAGGACUAGUUUCUCCACGCCUCUAUUACUUUGUAAAGUAUGUUCUACGGGCGCUUGCCGAAGAAUUUUUUGAGCUGUUUCUCCAUCUUCUUUUUGCACGACAACUAUCCGUAAGGGCAGAGAACUUUCUUACUACCUGUAACCACUGCGUUCAAGCAUAGUGCGUUUUCAGAGAUCAUUUAUACGAUGUAUCAUCGGGAUCUGGAAAGAUCAUCGAUAUUCAUUUAAUAUCAAUAAAAUACAAGGUAAGGAGGUAGUAGGUAAACAUAAGGUAAGGAACACAAUCUUAGUGUAUGAAAAGGUGCCCGUCGAAAAGUGAGCAAUUAGGAUGGCCCCACGGUAAAAAAAGAAAGAAAAAAAACGUGGCGCCACCGUAGCAAGUACCUGGUGUAAUCUAUAAAAUAGCGCCAAAAGUUGUUUUAUAUUUUUUUUCAACUCUGCACUCAUACAUCACUUUGUUUACAUAUCUAAUGCUACAUUCUUAUUUUAACAUUGACUACGUUAGCAGUGUUUUAUUAAGUUUGUUAUUUGAAUUUUGCUGUUUAUAACUGAACUCUUUUUCAACUUAGUGACAGAAAUUUUGAAAGUUUUUCGUAAAAACGUGAUAGACUUUUACUGCACAUAACAAAAGCGGUUCUCGCCAUCAAGAACAGGUUUGUUCUACUCUUUCAGAAAAUCCUUUUUGUGCGAAUUCGUGGAUUUUUAUCUCGUUGCUUCGAACCCAAUAGGUACAUUUUAAAAUGAAAAUCACGGAUGUCCGGGCCCUUAUGUCGACAUUAACAUAAUAUAAUAUAAGUACAUCUUUUUAAAAUCGCAUUCUAUCGUCUCCAGCGUGAAAAAUACUUUUCAACUUUAAAAAAAUUGUCGGCUCUUUUGCCGUGGUUUUGGAAUCGAACCUUAUAUCAUAAGAUACUCGCUUAUUUUAUUUUUUUAUAUCAUAGGUAAAUGUAUUUCAAUAUAAUAUCAUUUUGGUUCAUUUAAAUACCAACAAAAAAGCUACCUACUUUUAUAAAUAAAAUAAUAUAUAGAAACCUAUCUAUAAUAAAAACCCUAUUUUAUUUCGUUUGAAAUAACCAAAUCCUCAUAUUUUGCACGUACUAAGUCCUAAUCUUUUCUAAACUUAAAAGGGCGUAGUUGAACGACUCUUUUUUUUUUUGUAUGAGUGAUUUCUGGUUGGCCUGAAGCUUUUCCAGUUUCACCAGGAUAGGUGAGUGAGCAAAUGCUCGGCCAGGAGGGGUGGGAUUUGCUAACAGCUGCCCAAGCGCCUCCGAAGGAGACCUAACAACUCAAGAGCAACUGCUUCGCGAAUAAGUUUACUACCGGAUCAGAAUCGCGACCCGCUGAGAAGAUCCAGCGAGAAACUCAGCGAGUUGAUGCAUGGGUUAGGUUGCACGUCUCAUUCGUCACGGUUGCAACUCUAGGUCGAGUUCGACGAGUAUGGUUACCGGGGUCCCUAUGCCUACUCCUAGUGUUGGAGCUGAAGGCGUCUAAUGCAAAGGUUAUUGGUUCUGAGAGAUCCGUAAGGACGUUUCUAGGGCGUCAACGGUGACUGGCUCCUGCAUGAUCAGGAUUCGGGGAGUAGACAGCGGUGGCAACGAUAAGGCGAUUAUCAUGACGUAUAGCCUUAUCGAAGUACCGUUCCGACGCUGACUUCAUGUGUUUCCGGAUCAAUUCGACGCUCAGAUCGUCGUGUAGGUCAACGUUCCUCACGAACCACGGAGCUCCGACGGCUUAUCUGCAAAAGCGGGACUGUAGGGAUUGGAAAGUCUCUACAUGCGUGAGGGAUGCGUGAGGGUCGCGUGAGCGAACGCCACACUCGCGUAAGUCGUGACGGGUCUUAUGCAAGUUUUGUAAAGUGUCACCUCGUUCCGAAGGGACAUUUUAAUCCGCUUACAUGGGGUAGAGUCGCCAAGAAUAAACACGACACGGUCGCGGAUUGAGGAACAACUCCCGGAAACUGAAGACUCGGUAGUGAUGAUGUAUUAAGGUAACACACAAAAAUAAUGUAUGUAACAAUCGAAAAUCAACUGAUGCAUUCCAGUCUUAAGAAAUCCACAGAAAAAAUUUUCAACUUUUGUCACUCAAAUUUGCUGAUACUAUAAAUAUAUUUUAUGACGUUAUUAUAACUACUCUUACAGCAUAUUAAUUCCCGCUACUUAGUUUUGUCAUUAUGUUAUUUCUGACGUCUUCGAAUACUUCAGAGUUUUCGUUGUUACGGACGUCAGAUGGGAAUAACGUAAUUUAAUGACAAUAAAAAAAAACUAGACUAAACCGUACAAAUGCUUUUAGAUACUAUUUAUGUUUGGCGAAUAAAUAUUGCUUUCCAAUCUGUUACCAACAUAAACAUAAACUACUCCUUCAUGAAUUUUUCUGUUGAAGUUUUGUAUUUUACAGUAUUUUAAACCUAACACUUUAAACGCUUGCAGCAAUAUGUUCCCAGAACUACCCGGUGAAAUAUUUAUUUGUAGUCUAAUUAUUUUUCCUUUGCUAUAUUUUUAUUUAUAUAAUAAUAUCAUACAUAAUAAUCGCUAUUUAUUAAAUAAAAAAGAAGAAGAAAUGUUUCUAAAUUUAUCAUGUAUUAUAUUAUUUUAUUGUGUUAACGCUACCUCCAAUUAUUAUCUAUAGUAUUACAAUAAUAAUUUUAAAUAUAUUUAGAUUUAUGAUAAUAAUUGCUAUAAACGUACCAGGUAUACAUUUUUGUUUCAAAGUACUUAAAGAUUAUUUCACAUUAAUCCUAUGAAUCUGGAAGUCGCCAAAUCGUUUGCCUGUAUUUUUGUAAAGAGAAAAUACAAUAUAUAAAAUAGUACAUUGUGCACCAAGGGAGAAAAGUUGGACAUUUCCUCCCGCGUGUAAACAAUGGCGGAGAAUUUUAGGUGCGUGAGAGCAGACGUAGACACUAACGCGCAUGCGCACUUGUUAGUACCCAGGGAGAAAAAGCUACACUUUCUUCUCUGUACAACGGGAAGAAAAAUUACACUUUCUUCCCUGUACAGCGGGACGAAAACAGAACUUUCGGCGUCACUAGGAGAAAAAAAAAGUUAUUAUUUUAAGUAUGGAAUUAGCUUCUUGAAAUGCGAUUGUUGACAGUGACGAGUUUAUAAAAUUAUUUAAUUAAUAAAUUCAUACAAGUUCUGUUAUAUGAAAAAUUAUAUAAAGCAAAAUAAGAUGAAAUUUAUUCAUUUCCGACUGUAAUCAAUUGGUAUGAAAUUAAACGAAACAAGGUGAGAGGGAAUGAAAUAAAGUCUCAGAAAAAUCGUGGAUAUUUACCGAAACGUCAGUGGACUUUAGUUCAUUUUAUAAAAUUUUUUCCUCUUCACAGAUGCAAAAUGUUUGAUAAACUAAAGUUUAAACCAAAACAAACAAUAAAUUAACAAAAUAAAACAAUUCCUACAACUUCGCUGCUCGUGUUCUCGCCAAUAACUAAAAAUUUACAUUAAAUAGUCACACAAUCACGAAAAAUGAAGUGGUUAAAAAAAGCAAUCAAAUAUUUAAGGCUUUAUAAAAAGUAUUUUUAAAACCAUAUCAACUUUCGUCUAGUAGCUAUAACAUUUUUGUCUCUUAUUGUAAAGUCGAUAAGAGAUAAAUUUUAGACUUCAAAACCCUAUCUUCACCUUAAAUAUGGGUUACGUUAAAGUGCUACAUGCUAGUUCGGCUUUAUUGUGAGGUGGGCUUUUCCUUUCUUUCUCCAUUAAUAUUACCUACCAAUAGGAUCAAUAUUGAUUCUGACUUCCAUUGUUAUCGAAAUUUGUUAGUAAAACAUUCUGUCUUGAGAUUUGUCUAUUAUAUAUUGUAAAGCCUAUUAUGUAUUUUAUGUAUCUAUCUAAAUAUUUCGAAAUAAAGGCAACAAAAAAUAA